AUGCCCAAAGCUCUACAAGACCUUUUACAGCCUGAAUUCAAGAAUGGAAUUUCAACCUCCACUGGGGAUGGGGGAUCUUACGAGAACAGGUAUGGAACUGCAUAUUGGCCAGAAUUGAGAAAAUCUAAUAAAGUUUUCAUACCAAGUAAAACCACCAUAUUCUUCUUAUAUGAUGAUCUCCUUCCUCACAAAAUCAUGACCCUUAAUUUUACUAAAUCAAACAAAACCUCCAAUUUCUUGCCAAGAAAAAUUGCUGAAACCAUACCAUUUUCAAGCAAUAUGUUACCACAAAUUCUCAAAUAUUUUUCAAUAAAACCUUCGUCAAAGGAAGCUCAAUUUGCAAAACGAACAAUUGAAGACUGUGAGGCACCAAAUAUUAGGGGAGAAAAUAAAUAUUGUGCUACCUCUUUAGAAUCACUAGUUGAUUUUGUCAUUACAAAGUUUGGGAAGAAAGUUCAGGCGCUUGCGAAUGAGGCAGAAAAGGAGAAUAGAGAACAGGAGUAUACUAUUUUAAAGGGAAUCAAAAUGAUUGGAGAUAAACAAAUAGUGUGCCACAAGCAGAGAUAUGCAUAUGCUGUAUUUUACUGUCAUACAAUCAAUGCCACAAAGGCUUACACGAUUCCACUGGAAGGCGUUGAUGGCUCCAAAGCUAAAGCCAUUGCAGUUUGCCACGCAGAUACAUCAGCUUGGAACCCCAAGCACAUUGCCUUCCAGAUCCUGAAGGUUAAGCCUGGAGGACCUCCAGUUUGUCACUUCCUUAAUUGUGAUACCAUUGUUUGGGUACCCAACUAGAUUAUGUUUAGUAAGAUGUAAUCGAAAUUAUAAUAA